AAUAAGACUUUUAAGAUUAAUUAACAUUAUGUGGCUGCGAAUAUUGUGACCCCACCUGCACCGCCACAAUUUCUAGUUUUUUUGUCUAUAAAUAAAAAGCCUAUUCUUCUCCUCUAACAUCAUCCAGUGUUUGAUUUAGUUGAUUAACCUUUUAAAGCUUUUGUGUGAUCAAUUUACAAGCUUCAGUUUCGGUUUCGGAGCGUGAGAAGUUCUCUUCCAAUUAGUUACAUGGUUGAUACCGACGUCCAGAUUCCAUCUGCUUUCGAUCCAUUUGCUGAGGCUAAGGACUCAGGUGCACCUGGAGCAAAAGAGUAUGUUCAUAUUCGCAUACAACAAAGGAAUGGAAAGAAAAGUUUGACAACAGUUCAAGGUUUGAGGAAAGAAUACAGCUACGAAAAAAUCCUCAAAGACCUGAAAAAAGAGUUUUGUUGCAACGGUAAUGUUGUGCAGGAUAAGGAGCUUGGCAAAGUGAUACAACUUCAAGGAGAUCAAAGGAAGAAUGUUUCUCAUUUCCUUGUGACUAAAGGUGUUGCCAAAAAGGAUCAGAUCAAGAUUCAUGGUUUCUAAGUUGUGGUGUCAUUGAAGCAUAGUAAUAUAGGAGUUGUUGUUAAGGGGUUGGUUUUUGGUUAAUGCCCAUGAAAUCUUGCCAUGGGUUUCUUUCUGAAUUGUGGUUGUACUCUGUUUUCAGAUCAUAAUAAUAAAUUUGUUUUUCUAAAGCAAUUCAUGUUGUGCCUGUGUUUA